AAUUAUCGUCCCAAGACUCAGCUCAAAUGGCUCAAUCCCGAGUCAUCGAGCUAGGCAAUGUCCUGGUCGUUGGCGGAUGCGGUUUUGUAGGCGCCCACGUCGUUGACCAACUGCUCAACUUCCCAUCCGAAGACUCCCUACCUGAUCACCCAUUUUCUAAAAUCACCGACGCAAAUGGCAACCCCGAUCCCCGGUUUGCACACCCUCGCCUACGCGACCGAUACCCGUCAUAUAAAAACACCAAAGUGUCUGUUCUUGAUCUCCGGACAGUACAUAACCGAUUUCCCGGAGCGGAGUACUAUGAUGCAGAUAUUCUGAAUACGGAGCAAUUACUGGAAGUGUUCAAAAUUGUGAAACCCGAUGUCAUCAUUGAUACUGUGUCUCCACCGCCGCUGGAGGGAGAGAGAGAGAUGCUGUAUAAUGUGAAUGUGAAUGGUACAAAGAACUUGAUGGAGGUUGCAGGUGGUGCCAAAGGGGAUUGGGGUGGCCAAUGCAAAGCUUUCAUUUAUACAAGCUCAUCAUCAGUGGUUCAUGACACUCAGGGAGACUUGAUAAAUGUUGAUGAGAGAUGGCCCAAGAUCGUCGGCAAACUCCAGCAGGAAUAUUACACUGAAACAAAGGCGAUUGCGGAGGAUAUUGUAUUGAAAUAUAAUGGUGUUUCUCCCUCCGGCAUGCUGACGGUCGCCAUCCGACCUGCUGGUAUCCACGGUGAACGUGACACCACUCUUACAAAAAAACUAGUUGAACACGGCUCCAAAGCAUCUCCUCUUGUCUUAUCAUUCCAACUCGGUGACAACGACAAUUUGUUUGACUUCACCUACGUAGGUAACAUUGCCUAUGCACACAUGCUGGCCGCUGAACUCCUACUUGCCACAAAGAAACGUAUUGAGGCAAAAUCAACUCCUCCACUUGAUUACGAGCGUGUCGAUGGUGAGGCGUUCAAUAUCACUAAUGACAGCCCUGUGUACUUCUGGGACAUGGCCCGUUCCAUCUGGGCAUUGAUGGAUCGCUAUGUUGAGCCUAGUCAGGCCUGGGUGCUGCCUGAGGGGGCGCUUACUGUCAUUGGAGGUAUACUUGAAACGGUGUUUGGGUUGUUUGGAAAGAAACCACGGCUUACACGCCGAGAAGUUCGAUACUCCUGCAUGACAAGAUACUUUUCAUGUGACAAAGCAAAAAGAAGGCUAGGUUAUGUCCCUUAUAUCCCACUCGAUGAGGGCGUCGCAAGAUCUGUUGGGUUUGUGUUAGAACAGAAUAAGAAUAUUGAGGCAAAGAAGCAGCUUUAG